GGAAUCCUCCGCGGGGAGGGGCUGCGCACACGCCGGCGCGGCCUAUAAAACGAGCGCACGCGGCCAGCUUGAAUCAUUCUUGAUACAACCAGCCAGUGAGAGGCAAUCAAACUCUCUCCAGCCAGUAUCAUCACUAAAAAACAAACAAAUAAAACAUUUGGCCAUUUCUUUCUUGAAAAAGAAAAACAUUCCAAUUUCAAAAAUGAAGCAAUACUCGAUCGUCGGCAACAAGAAGAAAGUCACCAUGGAAACAAACGCCACGCGUCUAAAGGUCGUUGGCAACGGCUGCGUCAUAAUAGUCAAAAGCAACCAAGGUCACAUCGAAGUCAUCGGCAGCGAUUGCAAGAUUAACGUUGUUGACAACUUUGGGACCAUCAACCUAGUCGGAGCCAAUGGUCUAGUGACAGUUUCUAGACGUUACAAGAACGAUGACAUUCAACUUAUUGGUGCCUCCUGUCAUUUGCUAGUGGAUGGGAAAGAAAAAGCAACAUUUGAGCCGUUUUCUGCUCAACUCUCGCCGUUCAGCAAGAAUUUGGAUGAUGUUAUUGAGUCUAUCUUCACCUUCGUCAUGCGUUGAAGAAAUGAGACUUAGUUAUGUGAUUGAACUUUGCCGCUCAGUGCUUUAUCUGUGACGCGUUGUUUUCGAUAUGUGACGCGUUGUGCCGUCGGCCGGUGCGUGAUUUGAUAAGUUUUGAUACCGGAUACAGGUGAUUCCUAGUAUCAGUUUGUAAGGAGGCCGCUUUUUUCAUAUGAAUGUAAAAUUUACAUUCUGGAUUUGUUUUAUUUGGGGCUUAGAAUGGAAUUACGUUAUGUUUUUGAAAACUGUGUUGUUUUAAAUGCUUGCUUAGUAUCUGUUUUUUAAAUGUUUGUCAAAAGUUUGAAAAAAGAGAUGAUAUG